AUGUAUCGAUUUAGUGCGAUCUUGUUGCUGGUCAGUGCAACGCUAGUCUGUGCUGAACCUCCAGUUCAUGGUGGUUAUGGCCACGGUCACGGUCACGGCGGCGGUGGAUACGAUGAUGGGGGUUAUAUUUCCGUUAGCCCCGGUCAUCAAACCUCUGAGGGACUGCAUGUUGAUCACAGCCUGCUGCACAAAGUGAAGGAAGCACUUUUAGAUCAUGAGAAUUCCGGCUCGCACGGAGGUGGUGGCUAUUCGGGUUCUAUUUCGUCCUCAUACGGACCACCAUCAGGAUCGUAUGGACCACCGUCACCUGUAUAUGGAGUUCCAUCUUACUCCGGACAUGGACACGUCAAAACUACCGGUAUUGAACUAGGACACGUUCAGCAAGGUAUCCAAGUGGCUGAAUACUACAAGGCCGCUCACGGUCCAUCGCACUCGUCGUACUCCGUGCCAUCUUACGCAUCACAUUCAUCUUCCUAUUCGGCCCCUUCGUACUCAUCGCAUUCCUCCUUCACGCCGUCUCAUGGCUAUUCUUCAGGAGGCUCUUCGUACUCGUCUUCUUACUCUGCUCCGUCUGUCUCAUCUCAUUACUCUGCUCCAUCCGUCUCUUCACACUAUUCUGCCCCUUCUGUCUCAUCUCACUAUUCUGCACCUUCCGUAUCUUCUCACUAUUCUGCACCUGCCCUUUCUUCUCACUAUUCUGCUCCAUCUGUCUCAUCACACUCUUCCUUUGGUGGAUUGUCCGCCUCAUACGGCGUUCCUUCGCUUUCCUCCAGUUAUGGUGCGCCAGCAGUCUCUUCCCACUAUUCAGCACCAUCCUACUCAUCUCACUCAGGCGGUUCCUAUUCUCAUGCCUCAUCGCAUUCAUCCGGCCCAUCAUUCGUUGCCAUCCCAUCAUCCUCGUACGGUGUUCCGUCCUUCGGUACCUCAGGACAUCAUCAUAGGCCAGCGCAUGGAUCGUACUCCUCUUACCGUCCACCAUCAUCUUCAUACGGACCCCCACGUUCAACUUAUGGUGUACCGCAUCAUCACUAA